CUAACCGGUGAACUUGCCUAUUGCCCGUGGCAGGAUUGCAGCGUGCUGGCCUUCGUCCUGGAUCACCUGCUGCCCCAGACGCAGAGCGUGGGCGAUAAGGACACGCCGGCCCUGGCCCGCCUCUUCCUGGCCAGCCUGGCCGCGGCCACCCAGAGCACCGAGGCCCAGGCGGCGCUGGUCAACGAGGUGAAGGCGGCCCUCAGCCGGGCGCUGGCCAUGGCCGAGAGCACGGAGAAACACGCCAGGCUGCAGGCGGUGAUGUUCAUCAUCAGCACCAUCAUGGAGUCCUGCCCGUCCACCUCGAGCUUCUACAGCAGCAACGCCGUCAAGGCCCAGCACAACGGCAUGAACAACAUCAUCCGCCUCUUCCUCAAGAAGGGGCUGGUCAACGACCUGGCCCGGGUGCCGCACAGCCUCGACCUGUCCAGCCCCAACAUGGCGAACACGGUGAACGCCGCCUUGAAGCCGCUGGAGACGCUGUCCCGCAUUGUCAACCAGCCGAGCAGCCUCUUCAGCAGCAAGAACGCGUCGAGCAAGAACAAGUCGGAGCAGGACACCAACAUCACCAGCAGCGAUGCCAACGGCAACCAGCCAGAGGCCGGUGAGACGGGAGAGACGGAAGCGCACGAAGAUCACGCCCCCACCGGCGUUGGAGACAAUGAUAUCAUGGACGGGGAACCCGACGCUGACACGGUGGUGAUAACCGGGCAAUCGGAAGUGCUAAACGCCCAGGAGAUGCAGGUUGAGAAUGAACUGGAGGACCUCAUCGAUGAGUUGCUGGAGAGGGACGUGGAUACCGUGAGCAGCACGAUCAUAGCUUGCAGAAGCACGGAGGAUGAGUCCCAGGAGGAUGUGUUGAUGGAUGAGGCUCCCUCAAAUCUCAGUCAGGCGCCCACACUGCAGGCUAACCGAGAAGAUUCCAUGAACAUCCUCGACCCCGACGACGAGGAACACACACAAGAGGAGGACAGCAGCGGAAGCAACGAGGAUGAUGAUGACAGCCAGGAUGAGGAUGAAGAGGAGGAGGAAGACGAGGAUGAUCAGGAUGACGAGGAAGGAGAAGAAGAGGAAGGUGACGAGGAUGAUGAAGAUGAGGAGGGUUCGGAGAUGGAGCUGGAUGAGGACUACCCAGACAUCGACGAGUCGCUCGUCCGCUUCGACCGCGAGGACGACUUGAUCAUUGAAUUCGACAACAUGUUCUCCACUGCAGCGGAUAUUCCUCCUGCGCCAGGCAACAUCCCGGCCACGCACCCACUGAUGGUGCGCCACGCGGACCACAGCGCCCUGACGCUGGGCACGGGCUCGUCCACCACGCGGCUGACGCAGGGCAUCGGCCGCAGCCAGCGCGCCAUCCGCCCCUUCGCCGCCAACACGGGCCACACCAUCCACGUGCACUACCCCGGCAACAGGCAGCCCAACCCACCGCUCAUCCUGCAGAGGUUGCUGGGCCCGUCGGCAGCAGCCGACAUCCUGCAGCUGAGCAGCAGCCUGCCGCUGCAGAGCCGCGGGCGCGCCCGCCUGCUGGUGGGCAACGACGACGUGCAUAUCAUCGCCCGCUCCGACGACGACCUGCUCGACGACUUCUUCCACGACCAGACGGCCACCACCAGCCAAGCAGGGACACUGUCCAGCAUCCCGACUGCACUGACGCGCUGGACUGAAGAAUGCAAAGUGCUGGAUGCAGAGAGCAUGCACGACUGUGUUGCAGUGGUGAAGGUGCCGGUAAUCCAACACUUGGAGUCGCUGCGGGACGAGGAGCUGGAGGAGAGGAGAGAGAAGCGGAGGAAGCAACUGGCCGAGGAAGAGGCCAGGAGGGACGAGAAGGCCAAAGAGGAGAAGGAGAACAAGGAACUGAACCCGCCGGCCGCAGAUUCCACAGGAGCUGCCAACUCGACUGUUCAAGCUGACAAGAACCAAACAGGCGUCUGUUCCAGUGCCCUAUCGGCCACCAACGAAGCCAUCAGCAACAUCGCCGCUUCGAUCGCCGAAGCAGCGCUGGAAGCCAUGCGGACGCACGGGCAAUUAGCGGACGCGGAGCAGCCUGUCGUGGGUUCCACCGGCCUGGACACGCCGCGCCUGGAGUCCUUCCUCCCCGCCCUGACGUCCAUGGAGGGCUCGGCAGCCGCCGAGACCCCCGCCCUGGAGGCAGCCCCCCUGCCCGGCGAGCGAUCUUCGCCCCUACGGCUGCCGGCGACCCAAGAGGAGGCGGCAGCGGCGGCGGCGGCAGCGAUCGCCCAGUCCCUGAUGCCCCUGGAUCCGGCGGAGGGCGCGCCGGAGAGAGCCGGCUCUGAUGCCGAGGCACUGCAGAUGGAGAUGUCUCCCGCACCCACCAACGCCUCCCAGUCCCCGGAGAGAGUGGAGGGCUCGGACGCGCUGGUGACGGUGGGAAGCCAGCUGGAGGGCUCUCCGAUGGACACCAGCAGCCCCGUGUCCGGCAUCUUGGAGGAGGCGGCGGCUGAGGGUCUGGGGCCCGGGGUGGCCGAGCAGGAGAGGACGGGGGCCGAGGAACGGCGGCAGCCCGCCGAGUCGGCCCCCGCCGCAGAGGUCCGGGUGGAGACGUCCACCAUCGGGGAGCUGAGUGUGUCCUCCUCGGUCACCUCGGUGGCCCUGCUGACCAGAGACGGCGUGCCCGGUGCCGUGGUGACGGCAUCUUCCGAGGGGCAGCCCUCGUCCCACAGCGAUGAGGACCCGCUUGCAGACGCAGAGCAGCCUGUCGUGGGUUCCACCGGCCUGGACACGCCGCGCCUGGAGUCCUUCCUCCCCGCCCUGACGUCCAUGGAGGGCUCGGCAGCCGCCGAGACCCCCGCCCUGGAGGCGGCCCCCCUGCCCGGCGAGCAAUCCUCGCCCCUGCGCCUGCCGGCGACCCAAGAGGAGGCGGCAGCAGCGGCGGCGGCAGCGAUCGCCCAGUCCCUGAUGCCCCUGGAUCCGGCGGAGGGCGCGCCGGAGAGAGCCGGCUCUGAUGCCGAGGCACUGCAGAUGGAGAUGUCUCCCGCACCCACCAACGCCUCCCAGUCCCCGGAGAGAGUGGAGGGCUCGGACGCGCUGGUGACGGUGGGAAGCCAGCUGGAGGGCUCUCCGAUGGACACCAGCAGCCCCGUGUCCGGCAUCUUGGAGGAGGCGGCGGCUGAGGGUCUGGGGCCCGGGGUGGCCGAGCAGGAGAGGACGGGGGCCGAGGAACGGCGGCAGCCCGCCGAGUCGGCCCCCGCCGCAGAGGUCCGGGUGGAGACGUCCACCAUCGGGGAGCUGAGUGUGUCCUCCUCGGUCACCUCGGUGGCCCUGCUGACCAGAGACGGCGUGCCCGGUGCCGUGGUGACGGCGUCUUCCGAGGGGCAGCCCUCGUCCCACAGCGAUGAGGACCCGCUUGCAGGAAUCAGCCUCCCAGAGGGCGUGGACCCCUCCUUCUUGGCCGCCCUGCCCGAGGACAUCCGGCGCGAGGUGCUGCAGAACCAGCUGGGCAUCCGGCCCCCCAGCCGAGCGGCCGCCACGGUAGCUGCCACCGCCGCCGCUGCUGCUGCCGCCGCCGCCGCCACCCUGGUGGGCAACCAGUCGGUGACCGAGGUCAGCCCCGAGUUCCUGGCCGCCCUGCCGCCCGCCAUCCAGGAGGAGGUCCUGGCACAGCAGCGGGUGGAGCAGCAGCGGAGAGAGCUGGCACAGACGGCCAACUCGGACACGCCGAUGGACCCGGUCACGUUCAUCCAGACGUUGCCGUCGGACCUGCGCCGCAGCGUGCUGGAGGACAUGGAGGACAGCGUGCUGGCAGUCAUGCCGCCCGACAUCGCGGCUGAAGCCCAGGCCCUGCGGCGAGAGCAGGAGGCGCGGCAGCGGCAGCUGAUGCACGAGCGCCUGUUCAGCCACAGCAGCUCGUCCGCGCUCUCCGCCAUUCUACGGAGUACAGGCUUCACCGGUCGUUUGGGCGGAAACCGAGGGGUGCAGUACACACGCCUGGCCGUGCAGAGGAGCGGGGCCUUCCAGUGGGGGAGCGGAACGCACAACAGGGCGUCGAGCAGCAGCAACGUGGACAGCCUGCUGAGGCUCCGCGGACGUCUACUACUCGACCACGAGGCGCUCUCCUGCCUGCUGGUGCUGCUGUUUGUGGACGAGCCCAAGCUGAACACCAGCCGCCUGCACCGAGUGCUGCGCAACCUCUGCUACCACACGCAGACGCGUAACUGGGUGAUCAAGAGCCUGCUGUCCAUCCUGCAGCGCAGCAGCGAGAGCGAGCUGUGCAUCGAGACGCCCAAGCACCCGGAGGAGAAGGGCAAGCGGGCGACCAAGGCGGGCGCCACCGCCUCCGCCGCCACCGCCGGCCACGAGCACCGGCCCCUCGACCUGCUGCACAAGAUGGAGGCCAAGACCACCAGCCAGCUCUCCUGGCUCUCCGUCUCCAUGGACGCCGCCCUGGGCUGCCGCACCAACAUCUUCCAGAUCCAGCGGUCGGGCGGGCGCAAGCACUCGGAGAAGCACGUAGGCUGUGGCUCCACCGUACACAUCCACCCGCAGGCCGCGCCUGUCGUAUGUCGCCAUGUUCUGGACACCUUGAUACAGCUCGCCAAGGUAUUUCCCAGCCACUUCACGCAGCAGAAGGCGAAGGAGACCGCCAGCGAGACGGACAAGGAGAAGCUGAGCAAGCCGCCGGUGUUGACCAGCCCUUGUCUGGGCCAGCCGGUGGCGGUGGGGACCGGAGGCGGCGGAGGGGGUAGCGUCGGCGGAGGCGGCGGGAGCUACGGCGGCGCCACCGCGUCCGGCAUCUCCACCGACUUCUGGGACCUGCUGGUGAAGCUGGACAACAUGAACGUCAGCCGCAAGGGCAAGACGUCGGUCAAGGUGGCGCCCACCGGCGCCAGCGAGGGCGAGAGCAGCCAGUGCAGCCUGGAGUCCUCACCCCUGGGCCAGCUGAUGAACAUGCUCUCCCACCCGGUCAUCCGACGCAGCUCCCUGCUGACCGAGAAGCUGCUGCGCCUCCUCUCCCUCAUCUCCAUCGCGCUGCCCGACAAGGCGACGGAGGUGGCCGUCAGCCACGGGGCGGCUGCAGAAGUCACCCUCAUCGGCCCCGUCACCCCAACGCCGAAACCUACCAAGUCACCGGCGAAGGCCACGUCGGAGGUGGCAGUCGGCGCCAACGAAGGCAAGGCCCAGAACUCCGGCCUAACGGAGAAACAACUGCAGCUCUCUGUGGAGGUGCUGACAUCUCACUCGUGCUCGGAGGAAGGUCUCGAGGACGCGGCCAAUAUCCUGCUCCAGCUCUCGAGGGGCGAGCCGGGGACGAGAGACACCGUUCUGAAGCUGCUCCUCAGCGGCGCUCGGCAGCUGGGAUACACGCUGUGCCAGCAGAUAGGUACUUUGCUCGCCGAGCUACGAGAGUACAACCUAGACCAGCAGCGGUCAGCGCAGUCCGACUGCCAGUCGCCCGAGGGCACGACAGACGACCAGCCCCAGCUCACCAAACUGAAAGGAAAGAUGCAAAGCAGGUUCGACACGGCAGAGGACGUAGUGAUCGUGGCCUCCCACAAACGGGCGCUGGGCGGCAGGGAGCUCCAGCUCCCCUCCAUGUCCAUGCUGACCUCCAAGACGUCCACGCAGAAGUUCUUCCUCCGUAUCCUACAGGUCAUCAUUCAGCUGCGGGACGCCACCCGCAGAGCCAACAAGAAGGCCAAGCAAACUGGACGACUAGGUACCUCGGCUCUGGGCUCAGCGACCAGCAUCCAGGCAGCUGUGAGACAGCUGGAGGCGGAAGCUGACGCCAUAAUACAAAUGGUACGUGAGGGCCAACGUGCCAGAAGACAACAGCAAUCAGCCAUGGUUAGCAUGAUGCUUGUGCCGCCUGCAGGGCACUUGUGGAUUUUAUUUUAUUUUCCUUUCCGUUUUUGAUUUACUUUUUGUUCU